ACGAAAAACACCAAUUUUUGGAAAUCUCAUCUGCCCUGGGGCAUUUCUCCUGGCGUUCGCGCCUUGUGCUUCCCUUCGUCAGAUUUAGCGCCCAACCACCACCACCACCAGGUUCCUGGAUGCGCGUCCUUCAUGGUUGAGUCAUGCGGUCUCUGCUUCUGCAGGGAUUGCUGACUCGUUCGCUUCGUGUGCUGAGGAGUCAGUUGCGCGGUGCGAGUGGUGGACGGGUCGCCACCGUCAUUGCCAGCAGGGCUACUGGAUCAGCAGCCCGGCUAGCUGCGGCAAAACCUGUCAUUGUGGGCUCAUCGCUGUCGCCACGAGUACUCCCGAGUAUUUCGAACACCGCGAUGGGUGGGUCGCUUAUAUUCGCCAGACACAGUGCCCAACUGCUACCACCAGAUUCCUUGAUGUGCGUCUUUCCGGGCCAAGAUAUGCGGUCCCCGCUUCUGCAGGGAUCGCUGACUCGGUCGAUUCGUGUGUCGAGGAGACAGCUGCACGGUGCGAGUGGUACACGGGUCGCCACUGCCGCCGUUAUCGAGGCUGCUGGAUCAGCAGUCUUGCCAGCGGUGGCGAGACCUGUUAUUGUGGGCUCAUCGCGGUCGCCACGUGUACUUUCGGGUAUUUCGAACACCGCGGUGAGUGGGCCUGUGUCGUAGUUGAGUGUGCAGUGCCCGUGACGCCGCCCGCCUCUCACUCUGUGAGAGCGAGCGGAGGAGGUGCUCCAUGAUCAUCUACUCUCCGAUCCAUGCGCUGCCGACGAUGCUAUCUGC